AUGGACGAGAACUUCAACUCAUUAGCUGAAGAACAGAAGGAGCCAAGUGAUGCAGUAUUUGUUGAAAAUGACCAUAAGGAUAGAGACGAUUUGCCUAAUUCUACUGAACAUGGGAUCGAAUUUGCUGAGAAAAGCAGCAAACCUGAUAAACCAUCGCUGGAGAAGUUGGCUGAACUUACUGCUGUAAUGAGCCGAUUCGAGCUGGACGUUGUUGCUGCGAGCAAUCCCACAAGAACUCGUUCCAAGUCCGAACCGACCGCAAGAGGUUCACGUUCUCCGCGAACAGUAAUUAUUAGACCAUGCGAGGAGCUGCAUGAGACCACUACUCCCUCAGAGGAAUGCGGAAGCUCAGGUGAUCCAAUGACACCGCCAGCAGCGACUUCUGAACGCAAAAAACGAGUGGUAGAAUUCCACUCUCCUCGCACGCUGCCUUGCCUGUCGAAAGUGGCUUAUGAGGAUCGUUAUGGCUCAUAUCAUAAUAUCCAAGAGCAUUGGCGCGGACGUUAUGCAAGAUCGUCUACUUCGGAAAAUCGAUCUUGUGCUGGUUAUAUCUGGAGCGGAGAGCUGCCACCACGUAAUUAUAGUAACCCAACGUUUUCGAGCAAAAUAUUUGUUGGUGGAGUGCCUUGGGACAUAACUGAAUCUGCCCUCAUCGAAGCGUUUUCCCCGUACGGAAAUUGUAGAGUGGAGUGGCCUUGCAAGGAGGUGCGUUCUUCACGUUCAAAUCCAAAGACCCGUGGUAAGGUUACUGGAUAUGUGUAUAUGGUUUUCGAGACAGAGAAGUCAGUGAGAUCACUAUUACAAGAUUGCUCACAAGAGUUUGGCUCUGCUGGAGAGUGGUACUUCAAAAUUAAAGCGCGUCGUAAUCAGAGCUUUGAGAUUCGUCAAGUGCAAGUGAUACCAUGGGUCGUGUCCGACUCAUCCUACAAUGAUGAUCCGAGUUGUCCGUUGGAUCCUAAGAAAACUGUUUUCGUUGGUGCUCUGCAUGGAAUGCUCACUGCUCAUGUUCUCUUUUCUAUCAUGAAUGAACUUUACGGAAAUGUAGUUUUUGUUGGAAUCGACACAGAUAAGUACAAGUAUCCAAUAGGAAGCGGUCGUGUCACAUUCCGAUCUCAUUCAUCUUAUUUUCGUGCUAUCGAGUCAGCAUUUCUUGAAAUUCGAACCAGUAAAUUCACUAAGAAGGUGCAAAUCGAUCCGUUCCUGGAGGAUUCUUGGUGUAUGGUGUGUUGUGAAGCUCAAGGACCAUAUUUCUGUCGCGAUCGCACUUGCUUUCGUUAUUACUGUUGGCCAUGUUGGCAGGCUCGUCAUGUUCUUGGAGGGAAGAAUUCAAAUCAUCGUCCUCUAAUGCGCCAUACUUCACGCUCUCCGAUACCUCGCAAUGGCGACUUCAGCGCUCAUGUGGACGCAUAUGGUGUUGCUCAACGUCGUUUCCUUCCUGUAUCGUGCAGUUCCCCCGUGCAACCACUAGGCGGUAUGGCAGCAGUAGCCGCGGUGGCUCGUGGCACCGUGCCGCGUCAGCAGCAUCACGCCUAUCAGUAUAUGCAGAUGGCGCCGUCGUACACGGCUAUAUACACACCGGCGACCAUGCAGUCACCUUGUCGAGUAACCUCACAUGUGGGACCAACACCUCUCCUAACAGGGCUCAGUUCCACUCAGUCAGUAACUACUUCUUCGACCUAUGUUCAGCAGCGUCUUUACUAG